AUGUCUGUCACCGUCGAUGACACUGAGGUCUUCGCGUCUACGAAGCCUUGUGUUGAGGAUGAGAGCUCGGAACGCGCCAGACAGCGCGAAAUCGCAGCCUAUCUCUCGGCAGCCUCCUUCCCGCUGGAGCUGCCUGUUUGUUUCCAGGAGAAACCUAUACUCAACAAGGAUCCAAUCUUGAACGCUCUCACGCAGCUGGGCGCCCAUCGUCUUCACGUCGACCGCGCGUUUAUAUCCCUUAUCGAUCGGAAAUAUCAAUAUGUUUGCACCGAGAUGACGAGAUCUCACUCCCUCGUCGACAUGGAGUCUGACCAAGGAGACACCGUUGCAAUCGGCGUUUGCAAGAUUCGGAAUUGCGAUGGAGUGUGCCCCGCCACGAUCAAGGCCUUUAUGGACGAGACGGGAGAAUGGGUGCGCACCGGGCCUGACGUCGUCGCCAACAGGACUCGCUACAUUAUCAACAACUUUAAAACGCAUCCCGACUAUAAGGAUCGUCCCUACGUGACAGCCUAUCCCUUUUUCACCUCUUACCUGGAAGUGCCCUUGAUUUCUCCCCUUGGCUACGUCCUCGGGAGCUAUUGUGUCGUUGAUAGCAAGCCUAACAACUUCGAUAAUGACGAGAUUGUGAAGGUCAUGAACGAGAUAGCCUCUGCGAUAAUGAGCCACCUCGAAAAUAUGAGAUCAAACCAGAGCCGCGGUCGCUCAGAGCAGCUUGUCCAGGCGCUAAGCAGUUUCAUAAGACCCGAGCCGCCGGUUCAAGUCCCCAACCCGCCGUCAGCCGGCACCCCAGGGGACAGCAUGGAGGGAUCCGGUGAUCCGAUUUCUUCCACCGCAGGACGGGGUCGUGAGCUUCGGGGUUCGAUCGCCUCUAGUAAGCUAGAUAGAAACGAUGAUUCUAGCGACGCUCUAUCGUCCCACGGCUCAAAAGGUCGACAUCUACCCUCCGCCCGGUCGCGGUCUUCGGAUCCCUACUCUAGCGACGCUCUAUCGUCCCACAACUCAAAAGGUCGACAUCUACCCUCCGCCCGGUCGCGGUCUUUGGAUCCCCCACAAGGUUGUUCAGAGACCCCUCCUACAACCCCGUCAGACGAGCCAGCCGAAAACCCCACAGAGCAGCAGUUCAUCUCGACAAACAUUCAGGCAGAUGCAAAUCCUGCCUCGCCGCGUCCGGCGGGGACCUUUUCUGAUAGCUCGGAGCCACGCGGAUUCAUCAGCUCGGCAAACAUUAGGGCAACCUUCUUCAGGGCAGCAGCAACGAUUCGUCGAUCGAUGGAUCUCGACGGCCUGAUGUUCCUCGAUGCCAUGCCUAGCUCAUACAUGAGAUCGGACAAUUCAUCGCCACACCCUGGUGGAACAUCAGAUGAGGUCGAUGGACCCUUCUGCGCGGCGAUAGUCAAGGCUGCUUCUGCUCCAGGCGGGGAGACUAUUGUGCAGUCCACGCAGGUUCGGCUACCAGAAGCGUCUCUGCAAAGAUUCAUUCAAGCAUACCCGCAAGGCCAUGUAUUCACUGCGGACGAGCUGGGCCCCAUACCCGAGAGUUAUGGCGUUGGAAAGCCAUUCCAAUCCAAGCCCGCAGCAGACUUGGAGAGCUUGGAUCUGAGAAACGACGUCACUGCAUUGUUUCGUGUCCUUCCUGCCGCCAAAUACGUCAUCUUUCUCCCCUUUUUCCACUUCCAAAGAUCCUGUUGGUAUACCUGUGCAAUCGGAUGGAUAGAGGAUCCAGCCCGUGCGGUCGGCAUCGCAGACAUCGGUUUGGUUUCGGCAUUUGGCAAUUCGGUCAUGGCUGAGAUUUCGCGCCUAGAAGCAGUGGCUGCUAGUCGCGCCAAGUCCGAUUUCGUCUCCUCCCUAAGCCACGAACUUCGAAGUCCCCUUCACGGCAUCAUGGCAAGCAGCGAGUUGAUCCGCGAAGCGAUAUCAGACCGUUCCAUCUUGUCGCUCCUCGACCUGCUUGAUUCCUGCUCACAAACGGCCCUUGACACCUUUGAAAAUUUGCUCGAUCAUGCCAUUGUGGCCCAUGCCGGCCAUGGGAGCGCUUUUAACUCUUCUCAUAUGAGACAAGUUGAUCUGGGAUCAAUGGUUGAAGAUGUCGUGGAAGCCGUCAGAGCCGGGCACCUGUCGGGAAAUGUAUUCCACUCGCAGACAUCAUCGGGCAGGAAGAGAGGAGCAUAUCUCACCGGACCCACUGAUGCUGCACACGAUUUGCCAGAUCGUCCGUUGCUCAUUACGGUACAGGUUGCAAAAUACCCAUGGAGAUUAACGGUCAAUGUCGGUGCUUGGAAGAGGAUAGUGAUGAACCUAUUCGGCAAUGCCUUGAAGUACACCAACACCGGCCGUAUUGACGUCGGGCUGAACGUUGUGAAGAGGACAGAUCGGAUGGGCCACCCUCAACCUUACAUUUCAUUCACGGUAGGGGAUACCGGGUCGGGCAUGAGUGCGGACUACCUCAAGUAUCAUCUGUUUACCCCUUUCCUCCAGGAGGAUUCACAUGCUCCUGGAGUGGGACUUGGGCUUUCGAUUGUCCGGAAGCUUGUGAGUGACCUCGGCGGCGUCGUUAACGUCAAGAGUUCCUUGGGUAUCGGCACUCUGGUCGAGGUCUUGGUUCCCCUUGGAGAGGCUGUGUCGGACUCUCUCCCCGCCGAUGAGCAGCAGUCCUUACACGACCAAUUCUCGGGUCUCGAUGGCCGAACUGUGUGCCUCGUCGGCCCUGACGCCUUUGCAGCGCUGGCCGAUACAGACUUUGAGAUCACCAAAGAGGUCCGGAGCUGGUCGGAAAUUGUUGAGAACGCUCUCAGAGCCAUCGCAGGGUCAGGAAUGGAGGUCAUACUCGGUACCAAGGAUUGUCCGGCACCGAAAGCAGACCUCUAUGUCUUAGACUCCAGUUUAUUCGGCAGUACGGUCGAAGAGCGUCGCGAUAUCAUCUUGCAGAAAUGCCGCGAACGAGCUUCCCCUUUGGUGCUGCUCUGCUCGGGAUCAAAAACAUCCUCAUGCGUGGGGCAUGGGAUCAAAAGCCACGACAUUCAUCUGCAUCAUCCAAUCGGCCCGAGGAAGCUGGCCUCGGUUUUCCGAUCAGCCCUGGAGGCUAAACCUGUCGGUGGCAUGGUUCAAACACGUACUGACGAAAAGAGAUACCCUGAUGACUCGGCCAAGGAUCAGAGUUCAUCGCCGCCCCGGACAAUAACCCCGAAGGGGCCAGCCCUAUUAGCACCCCAACCCCCGCCCCCUGAGUCGUCAUCAAAGAACAUGAAGAGCGUUACCGAAAUUCCAGCAUCGACGGGCGCCCAAUCAGAAGUGCCAUCCACAAAAAGCCGCCACCUUCUGCUUGUUGAUGAUAAUCUGAUAAAUAUCAGUCUGCUCACACGCCUAGUACGGAAGCUGAAUCACACCUUUGAAACUGCGAGCAACGGACUGGAAGCAGUACAGCGAUAUAAAAGCUCACUUGAGGGACAAUCCAAGCGCUUCGACAUAAUCUUCAUGGAUAUCAGUAUGCCUGUCAUGAACGGAUUUGAGGCUACCAGGGAAAUUAGACAACUGGAGACCAAGGCGGGGCUGAGCAGGUGCAGGGUCAUUGCAUUGACCGGUCUGAGCAGUGAAGUCAACCGGAGCGAGGCCAAUGCGAGUGGGGUGGACGCUUUUUAUACAAAACCUGUCAGGAUGGAUACAAUCAAGAGAAUACUGGACGAGGACAGGCCAGAAGCGAGCCCAGGGUAA